GUGACCCAAGCAGAGCCGGUCAUGUGACUCAGCAGUGCUGCAACCUCGCACUUCUCAAUCUCGGUCAGUCCACAGCUGACCACCUGGAGCACGUCUCUCUGACCGGAGGCUCGAAAUCACCGUGUUGUCACCGGGACGACACUAAACAUGAGGCUGUGGAGGGACACCCUGGCUCUCCUGCUGCUCUGGGCCUGUCUGGACUCGGCCCACUCGCGGGGCUGCUCGUCGUUCUUCUGCCGGAAGCCUCACCGCGUCAGCGGCCCGAAUGGAGUGGACCCCGGCUCCCCUCUCUUCCUCACUCCUUACCUGGAGAAGGGCGCCAUAGAUGAAGCCAGGAAGCUGAGUCUGGUGGGAGAGCUGCCAGGGGCCAACGUCAAGAGUUACGCAGGCUACCUCACCGUCAACAAGAAGUACAACAGCAACCUCUUCUUCUGGUUCUUCCCUGCACUCAUGCCGAGCCGAGCUAAGGCCCCGGUGAUGCUCUGGCUGCAAGGAGGACCCGGCGGCACCUCCAUGUUCGGUCUGUUUGUGGAACACGGACCAUAUGUGGUGUACAAGAACUUGACUGUUGGCAUGAGGGAUUACGCCUGGACAUCAAGAUACUCCGUUUUGUACAUUGACAAUCCGGUUGGAACAGGUUUCAGCUUCACGGAGGAUGAGAGGGGUUUCGCUCAGGACCAGGAUGAUGUUGGCAGAGAUCUGUACAGUGCCUUGAUUCAGUUCUUCCAGAUCUUUCCUGAGUAUCAGUCUAAUGACUUCUAUGCAACUGGGGAGUCUUAUGCAGGGAAGUACGUUCCUGCCAUCUCUUACUACAUCCAUAAAAACAACCCCAACGCCAAAGUGAAGAUUAACCUCGCAGGAAUGGCUAUCGGUGAUGGGCUCUGUGAUCCAGAAAUGAUGCUGGGCGGUUACGGUGAGUUCAUGUACCAGACAGGCAUGAUCGAUGAGCUCCAAAGAGAGUAUGUCGUCCAGCAGACAGACCUUGGAGUUAAACUCAUCCACCAGGAGAAGUGGGUGGAGGCUUUUCAGGUUUUUGAUAGCUUGCUGAAUGGUGAUGUGGAACCAUAUCCCUCCUUCUUCCAAAACGCUACAGGCUGCACCAACUACUUCAACUACAUGAUGUGUCAGGAGCCUGAAGACCAGGAGUACUUCAGCCAGUUUGUGACCCUGCCGUCGGUGCGACGCGCCAUCCAUGUGGGGAACUUAACAUUCCACAGCGGCGCUGAGGUGGAGAAGCACCUUGUCCAGGAUGUCAUGAAGAGCAUCAAGCCGUGGCUGGGGGUGCUGAUGGACAGCUACAGGGUCUUAAUCUACAGCGGCCAGCUGGAUGUAAUCGUAGCUGCCCCGCUGACCGAGAGGUUCCUGCCGACUGUCAACUGGACCGGCGCGGCUGAGUACAAAAAAGCCCCUCGCUUCCACUGGAAGGUUCAGCCCGGCGACACGGAGGUGGCAGGUUACGUCAGACAAGUGGGAGACUUUUGCCAGGUCAUCAUCCGAGGAGGGGGACACAUUUUGCCUUACGACCAACCAGCGCGGUCCUUUGACAUGAUUGACAGAUUCCUCUCAACGCGGGGCUGGAUAUGAAAUGUUUUGCCGCCUAUCAAAGCACGUCCACAUUGAUUGACAGACUGUUGAUUUGAAAGACUGUUAACCAUCUCAGCCAAUGUAAAUCAGCACAUGUUAGGAGUUGAACACAUUUUUGCAGCUGAUUUAUUUUUGUUUUUUCAAGCCUUUUUAGCAGGUUUGUGCUGUUCUCUGAUGCACUGCAAACGAAAACAGGUUCUCUUAACCUGGAUCCAGACCUCUUUUAAGCAACUCAAGAUUGUAAAAAUUAAGUGGAAACGAAAUGGCAUGUAGCCCGAGGUAUGUGGAAAUCAUUUCAUGGUUAUUUCUGUUGGGUCUGAGGGGAAAUGUGUGUUGUAUUGAAUCAGCUUAAAGAUGAAAUGUAAAGAAAGGACCUUGAAACCAGAGGAAAGAGUCAGGAAAUAAAAUGUUGUUUUUCUAAA